AUGAGUCGUCGUCAAUUUGGAUUUGAGAAAGCUGGAGAAAGCAGCAAUUCGACUCGCAGAACAAUGAUCUGCUCAUGCUGCGGAGGAAGAUACUAUGUCCCAUUUAUUGGGCAGUAUUGGCGUGAAAGAUCCGGACAUUUUGGUGAAUCGCGAGCAAUGGCUGACGCGAGGGACAGAUCUAAUACAGUCUGUGAAACGGUGAAUAAACGAAAUACUCUUUCCCAUAGCUGUUGUUCCGAACAGCAGGAAGUCCAUGACAAACCAAAGGAAAAACCUAAUGGCAAUCCGGAAGAGAAAACUGGCGACAAUCCGGAGGAGAAGGCUGAUGGCAAUCCGAAGAAGAAAGCUGAUGGCGAUCAGGAGGAGAAAGCUGAUGGUAAUUCGGAGAAGCAAGCUGAUGGUAACCCGGAGGAGCAAGUUGAUGGUGAUCAGGAGGAGAAAACUGAUGGUGAGAAUCCGGAGGAGAAAGCUGGUGGCGAUCAGGAAGAGAAAGCUGAUGGUAAUCCGGAAGAGAAAGCUGAUGGCGAUCAGGAGGAGGAAGCUGAUGGUAAACCAGAAGAGCAAGUUGAUGGCAAUCAUGAGGAAAAAGCUGAUGGUAACCUGGAAGAGCAAGCUGAUGGGAAUACGGAAAAGAAAGCUGAUGAUGACGAUGAUUGCAUAAUAGUAUAUGAAAAGAUCGGUGGACGAAAGCGUAAAUAUCAUGAUGACACCGCAGACCGCGAAACAACUGGUAAACGAAAGAGACGUAAGCAAAGCAACCUGGUCUACGAUACGACUGCUACACGAAAGAAUCGUCGAUAUUAUAAUUGCGUAAUCUACGAAAAGGCCGAUGGACAAAAAAAGCGUAAAGAUGGUGAUUGCCCCAAAGUCAACGAAACACAAACUAAAUGUGAUCAAUCAGUACAAACAACGCACACUUUUGAUAAUCAGGAAAGCCCAAUGCAAGGAACGCAUCUGCAGGAAGGUGGAGAACACUUCACUCAAGCUAUGGAGCCAGGACGUAUAAUUCGCGCAAUCACUGUUAAUGGAAAAACGAAAUUCCUGGUGAAAUGGAAAAAUACUACUGAAAUCAGCUGGGUACCAAAAGAAGUUUUCGAGGAGAAAUACCCGAUAUUUGCCGCCAAAUUUUAUGAGACAGAUCCUCGUAAUUAUGCGUAG